AUGAAUUUUUAAACAGUUUGAAAAUAUUAUUUGUCCAGUUGAGUCCAACUUUACUUUUUGUACUGCCUGUCAUAGUGUUUUAGAAAGUAGAAUGCGGUUAUUUCUCUCAAAUAUAGUCUUCUUAUGGCUAUGCUGUUUUGGAGAUCUAAGUGUGAUGGCAGAAGUUAAAAUGAAUGUUUUAGUGGACGAUAAUUCAGACCUACAAACGGCAAUGCAUGUGGAUAAGCAGAGUGAAACCAAAGUGAUUAUCAAUCAAAAAACGUCCAAUGCAAUAUUUAAACCGAACGAAUUAAUUUUCGAAGAGCUUUUCGAAGCAUCGAAAUUGUCGAAUUGGACUUCUGAUAAGUUUAUACAUUCAAAUUUCUUUGGAGACCUGGCUGAGGAUUUUACAGCGUUGUCUAGCGAUAAUAUAGAGGUUUAUAAUGGGAAACUGUUUAUUACACCAACAAUAUCGAAGUUCAGCUCUGGCCAUAAAUUUAAUGUCUCUGGAUGUAGAAGACCUGCUUGUUAUGAAAACAAUGAUUUCACUUGCAAAUAUGAAAAUACUAGAGAAAGGGCAUACGCGUAUCCCCCACCGGUAAACUCGGCUAGAAUCACCACAAAUGGAACAUUUAGUUUCACGUAUGGACGUAUUGAAAUAAAUGCAAUACUGCCUAAGGGUGAUUGGCUAUUCCCCUAUAUCAUGCUUAUGCCCGACAAACUCAAUUGUACUAUGCGGAAACAACUCCGUAUAGCUUUUGCCAAGUCGGUAGAUCUUGAAAAUAACAAUUUACUUGGCGGCCCUGUAAUAUUACAAGGCCAACGGAAUCCACAAUCCAAUAAAGAUUAUUUUACUCGUAUAAGCCAUAUGGCCACCGAGAGGAAUUUCUACGCAGAUGGUUUUCACAACUUCACCAUGGUAUGGACUUCAAAAGGAGUGAGUAUGUAUGUCGAUGGCAAGCAAUACGGUUAUGUUGAGAACAACGGUGACUAUGCGGAACCUUAUCAUAUCGCUUUGGGCAUUGGAGCUGGAGGACAUCUUGAAUUUGAAGAUACGUCCUCCAAACCAUGGCGAAAUGGAGCCAAUGUCGCAUUUGCUUAUUUCCAUCGAAGUUUUAAAGGUUGCUGCGCACGUUCGCGUUAUGGUGUGUCCUACCACCACUGCUUUGAGAAUAAAAGAGAAAUAAGGUGUAGCACGUUGUGGGGUUCGCAGGCAACUAUGGUUGUGGAAUCCGUACGAGUGUAUGCAGUAUAAUAUAAUAGCAAUAAUAUAUGCAAUUUUUUUAAAGAUAAUUUCAAUUUUCUAACAAAACAAAAUUUUAUUGCAAUCUUCCAAUUAAUUUUUGUAUGAUAAACUUAACAUUAUUCACUUAACAUCUGUACGUACUUUACUGACCGCUGCAGGGUUAUUUUUCAAGUUCUCUUAAAAUUAUCAGUUGAUCUGAGUACACAAUUGAUAUAGAGUUAUGUAUAUACAUUUUUAAUCACAUUGCAUAUCAGUUGUCUCUUAAAUGCGAUAUUCCAUUUCCAAAUCGAAAUUCCGCUAAUUGAAAAUUAAUAGUGAACGAAUUUAUAGCAAAUCCGACACGCUUAGGAUACGUUUAAAUGCUAGACUAAAUACAUACCGUGCAAUUGAUUAACUAUCCAAACAGUUCUGACAAACAGAAUAUUUUGGCAAAAAGAACAAUGUGUCUUCUAUACCAUCAGUUUUUAAAAAAGUUGAAUUCAAAUAAAAAAAUCAAAUUCAAUUUUGAAUUCUAUCCGAUUCGUUUAGUUUAUAAUAUAUACAUCAAUAUCGAAUGAAGAUGUCGGAACAAAACAUUACACAAACACUGUAUUUGAGAUGUGACCACAAUAAUUUACAAAUUAUCGAAUUUUCCAGCCCCAUAUAUGGAACAUAAGGAUCGCAGUGCUUCUAACUAGAUUUUUACCGCAAUUUUCGGUAAAUCUCUUAGAUAUUAUAAAGAAAUUCAAAGGGGAUGUGUUUCUUAUAAUAGUGUGCCUCUGUGCCCAAAAUGGGUAAAUUUGGGUCACAAUUUGUUCCUGAUUCCAAUAUAUAUUAGUGUUUUCAAACAACUGUUGGGAUUUACACGAUAUAUACCGGUUAAUAUGUGAAACAUUUUAGCAAAAUUAAGUGAGCGUAUAGU